AUGCAGGAGAGUGAAGAGGAAGAGAGUGUUCUCCUUACUAUGUCAGUUCCAACAGUUGGUAACCGGUUCCUGCUGCCUGCUGCUGGUCAGUCUAAGCCACUGUGUUUUGACGUUCCUGCUCCUCAGAAACUCAGACUGCUACAGGAUUCUGCUUCAGAGUUCUCUAUGAAUGGACAAUUCAUGACUAGACGACAGGGAUUCAUUCAAAUUGCCUUUCAUUACAAAACAAACCAUCACCUGACAAUAAACACAAGAUCUAUCAGAUACCAAGAUGGCCAGAAUCAUUUUGAGUUUUUGUGGGACCAGGAACCUACUCAACACAAUACAGAGGGCGUGUCACUGAUAUUACGAAGAAAUGAAAUGGACGUUACCAUGGGAAACAUACGUGUUGUUAUUCUUCUUCACAAGGAAAAUGGUGAAGUGUUUCUGUGGCCUGCUGUUCGGCAACAGCCAAAAGAUGUCAGUUUGAGGGGCAUUUUAGAAAAAUCUGAGGCUUCAUAUGAGGAGGUUCGAGGAUCACAAACACCAACUCUAAAGAUAAUGGACCAGGAAGUGAAGGCGAGCUUGGAGGAUGUCACAGACUACACACUUCCUUCAACUCCGGUUAUCAGAUGUUGGCUUGUCCCGUUCCAGGCUGUGAUGCAGGGAGACAUUUCUGAUUUAACCGUCACUCAGCUGUAGAGUUCAAUAUGGGCAAUUUAUAAACUGGGACAGAACAUAUUUGUAAAACACUUGCUUAUGUUUGUAUUAAGAAUAUUUUUCAGUCA